UCGCUGUUUGCUUCCUCUCUGAAGCAUGAAGUGCUAAAAAUCAGCAGACGAUUAUUUUGUUACUUUCAGAGGAUCAAAGGAUCUGUGUGGGUUACUGAGUGGAUUGCUAACCAGUCAAGAUGUCUCGGGGUUCCAUUGAGAUCCCACUUCGGGACACAGAUGAGGUCAUUGAGCUGGACUUUGACCAGCUUCCUGAAGGAGACGAGGUCAUCAGCAUUCUGAAACAGGAACAUACACAACUGCACAUAUGGAUAGCACUGGCGUUGGAGUACUACAAGCAAGGCAAAACUGAAGACUUUGUAAAGCUGUUGGAGGCUGCACGUAUAGAUGGAAACCUUGAUUACAGAGAUCAUGAAAAAGACCAGAUGACCUGUCUGGACACUUUAGCAGCUUACUACGUUCAGCAAGCACGUAAAGAGAAAAAUAAAGAUGCCAAGAAAGAGCUCAUCACACAAGCCACCCUCCUUUACACAAUGGCAGACAAGAUCAUCAUGUAUGAUCAGAACCAUCUUCUUGGAAGAGCUUGUUUCUGCCUCUUGGAAGGAGAUAAGAUGGAUCAAGCAGAUGCUCAGUUUCACUUUGUGCUUAAUCAGUCCACCAACAAUAUUCCAGCGUUGCUUGGGAAGGCUUGCAUCUCCUUCAAUAAGAAGGAUUACAGAGGAGCACUUGCAUAUUACAAGAAAGCCUUGCGUACGAACCCUGGCUGCCCAGCUGAGGUACGUCUUGGAAUGGGUCACUGUUUUGUAAAGCUCAAUAAACUGGAAAAAGCCCGUCUGGCAUUUGGAAGAGCUCUAGAGCUCAACUCAAAAUGUGUGGGAGCACUUGUUGGUUUAGCUGUUUUGGAGCUCAACAACAAAGAAGCCGACUCCAUCAAGAAUGGAGUUCAGCUCCUGUCUCGGGCUUAUACCAUUGACCCCAGCAACCCCAUGGUGCUGAACCAUUUGGCCAACCACUUCUUCUUUAAAAAGGACUACAGUAAAGUGCAGCAUUUGGCACUACAUGCUUUUCAUAAUACUGAAGUUGAGGCCAUGCAAGCUGAGAGCUGUUACCAGUUGGCUAGAUCUUUUCAUGUGCAGGAGGACUAUGACCAAGCAUUUCAGUACUAUUACCAGGCCACUCAGUUUGCCUCAUCGACUUUUGUGUUGCCCUUCUUUGGGUUAGGCCAAAUGUAUGUUUAUCGAAGGGACAAAGAAAAUGCAGCCCAGUGUUUUGAAAAGGUUUUAAAGGCUUACCCAAACAACUAUGAAACUAUGAAAAUUCUUGGUUCCCUCUAUGCCACUUCAGAUGAUCAAGAAAAGAGAGACAUUGCCAAAGGUCAUUUGAAAAAGGUCACGGAGCAGUACCCAGAUGAUGUGGAGGCUUGGAUUGAGUUGGCUCAAAUCCUGGAGCAGACUGACAUCCAAGGAGCAUUGUCUGCUUAUGGGACAGCAACUCGUAUCCUGCAAGAGAAAGUGCAGGCAGAUGUCCCUCCUGAGAUUCUCAAUAACUUGGGAGCACUUCACUUCAGACUAGGAAACCUUGGAGAAGCAAAGAAAUAUUUCCUUGCAUCUCUGGAACGUGCCAAAGCAGAAGGGGAACAUGAUGAGCAUUACUACAAUGCAAUUUCUGUCACAACAUCUUACAAUUUGGCUCGACUUUAUGAAGCUAUGUGUGAAUUUCACGAAGCUGAGAAGCUUUACAAAAAUAUCCUGAGAGAGCAUCCUAAUUAUGUUGACUGUUAUUUGCGACUUGGAGCUAUGGCCCGUGAUAAAGGAAACUUCUAUGAGGCUUCAGAUUGGUUCAAAGAAGCUCUACAGAUUAAUCAGGAUCACCCAGAUGCCUGGUCUUUGAUUGGAAACCUUCACUUGGCUAAACAGGAGUGGGGUCCAGGGCAAAAGAAAUUUGAGCGUAUUCUAAAGCAGCCGUCAACACAAAAUGACACUUAUUCUAUGUUGGCUUUGGGUAACGUGUGGCUGCAGACACUGCAUCAGCCCACCAGAGACAGGGAAAAGGAAAAAAGACAUCAGGACAGAGCAUUGGCCAUUUACAAGCAAGUCCUGCGCAAUGACUCUAAGAACCUCUAUGCUGCCAAUGGCAUUGGUGCUGUCCUGGCCCAUAAGGGCUACUUCAGAGAGGCCCGUGAUGUGUUUGCUCAGGUGAGAGAAGCCACUGCAGAUAUCAGUGACGUCUGGCUCAACCUGGCUCACAUCUAUGUCGAACAGAAGCAGUACAUCAGUGCUGUACAAAUGUAUGAAAACUGCCUGAAGAAAUUUUACAAAUACCAAAAUACUGAGGUGCUGCUAUACCUUGCAAGAGCACUAUUCAAAUGUGGGAAACUCCAAGAGUGCAAACAGAUGCUUCUGAAGGCGCGUCAUGUGGCUCCAAGUGACACUGUGCUGAUGUUUAAUGUGGCUCUGGUGCUCCAGCGAUUAGCCACUCUUGUACUCAAAGAUGAAAAGAGCAACUUGAAGGCUGUGCUCAGUGCUGUCAAAGAGCUUGAACUAGCACACAGAUAUUUCAGCUACUUGAGCAAAGCUGGAGACAAAAUGCGGUUUGACCUUGCUCUUGCUGCUUCUGAAGCUAGGCAAUGCUCAGAUCUGCUGAGUCAGGCUCAGUAUCAUGUUGCUCGAGCCAGAAAGCAAGAUGAGGAGGAGAGGGAGAUGCGUGCCAAACAGGAACAAGAGAGAGACUUGCUACGACAACAGCUAUUAAAAGAACAGGAAGAAAAACGUAAUAGAGAGGCUGAGGAACAGAAGAAGCUUUUGGAGCAGAGAGCUUUGUAUGUGGAAAAGACCAAGAACCUGCUCACCUUUGCAGACGGACCAAAAGAAGUGGCCAAAGAAAAGAAGAAGGGUGGUGGAGGCCGCCGCAAGAAAGGAGGUGACAUGGAUGAGUUUGUUAAUGAUGAUUCUGAUGAGGACCUUCCCGUCAAAAAGAAGAAGAAAAGAAAGGGCAGUGGCAGUGAAGAGGAAGGGGAUGCCGAGGAAGGAGAGAAGAAACAGCGUAAAAAGAAGAGAAAGCCUGCUCGAAGUGGAGGAGAUGACAGUGAUGAGGAAGGAGAAUCACGGCCUAAAAAACAACGGAAACCUAAAGAACGCAAAAAGGCCCCUAGGCCCCAGCCGGAACGUUUGCCUCCUUCACUUAAAGGAAAAAUCAAAUCAAAGGCUAUCAUCUCUUCUUCUGACUCCUCUUCAGAUGAGGAUGGCUUGAAGAUAGCUGAAGACAGAAAUCGAGACAGUGGAUCAGGGUCUGAAGAUGAGGGUGGUCACCAGAAACGUAUUGCCUCAGACAGUGACUCUGAUGGAGGCAAGAACCGCUCAGGCAGUGAGGCUGGAAGUCCUCGGAGGUCUGGGGGCUCUGAUGAUGACUCAGGAAGUGACCGUCCAGUGAAGAAGAGGAGGAGGGUGCAGCGGCAGUCCGACUCUGAGCAGUCGGAUAAUGAGAGCAAGAGAAGUCGCUCUGGGUCUGAUGAGUCCCGUGCUGCAUCUCCGGCUCCAGCCUCAGACCGGGGAUCUGAAGCCGGAUCUGACAACGAGGGGUCACCACGGCGAUCGGAAAAUGCUUCUGAACCAGAAGCCUCUAAUAAUGAGGAUGACGACAGUGAUUAAAUGUUUUCUUAACUUUACUUAUCCUUCUCCUGAUUUUGCUUGUUCAUACAGACUAAAUGAGUAGUUGUUUUUUUGUAGGCCAUUUUGGUUUCCGUAUUACUACAGUUUAAUGUGAUGUACUGGUCUUAUCAGCCAUUUGCUACAGUGCUGACCUGCUUUUGUCUUUUGUUCAGUACAUGAACUACUUGCAUUAAAUGUCACUUUUGUAUUGUCUUUACACUAUGUGCAGAACAGUGCAAAAAUCAGUUUUUUUAAGAAUACACAAACUUGUAAUGCAUCAGAAUUGCAUUAUCUUAUGUAACAGUUUAAUGAUAUCUCCUCAAAACAGAUCUAGACUUAUUGUAAGAUUACCAGACCAAUUGCCCAGAAUAACUCUUGCACUUAGUAAGUGUUGGAGAAGUGUCUGUUCUGCAUCCCAGGCAACCAGAGUGGGGCCCAUGACUUUAUUUUAAACUCUACCCAGUACUGUAAAUUUGAACGAGUAAACAUUGCUUCUAUAAAGUCCUGGGGUCUCAUUUAUAAAGCACACAUACAUGCCUUUCCACAUUAACUUUAUGAGCUGUUAAAAAAUAAUGAAAUACAAAUGGGCAGCCUAGUCUAGAAACCUCUGGAUGUUGGGUGUUGAGACAUGAGUUUUUGUGGUUUGCAUUUUACCCAUACAUACAAUUUUACAAUGUUUUUAUAAAGAGACCCCUGAUCAGAUAUUACCAUUAAAAAUGUGGUCACACAA